UUCGUUUCAGUUCCAGCAUCAACGCCACGGCGCACGGAGCGUGUUUUUUGGAUACCAUUCCAUUCCGUAACGCUGUCGUCUGUCGGGUUACCUAAAGCCACACGCAGCGCCCCACACACUCACACACACACACACGCGCGCACAUACCUACACAUAUAGAAAAACCUUUGCACGCAAAAAAGGAAAGGACUACGAUAUGGAAAUACCCGGAGAUAUAAGGAAUAUUUAACCGAAAAACUACUAAUGGGAACGAACUUUUUGGCGAGGAAGGACAACAGCAGCAGGGAAAGUCUCCCGGAAAACUCAACUCCGGUCGGUGCGUUUUUCCUACGGCUUUUUCAGACGGGCACAACGGUGCCCCUUUUUUUUGGGCAACGCGAAUAUCGAUUGCUGACGACUGCCUUGCAUAAGUCCACAGAAAGAUUAGUGUACAAAGGGCAGCAUCGGAGAGUGUGUGCCUGGGAGCAAAACGGAUACAAAGGAUAACUCAAAUGAAACCAUUCAAGUCGAAACAACGAAGCUCUACUCUUGGAGAACUUGUAGGAAUUAAGUUUUUUUAAUUAUCAAUAUUGAUGCUACGAUGCUGUCGAUGAUGGUGCCGACAAUGAAGGUGCGGGCGGAGAUGCAGGAACAGCAGCUGAAGCGAAAGAUUUCAGACAAUUGACAGCAAGAACAACGAAGAUAUUCUAUCCCCGCCUCCAGAUAUAUCUAUAUAUAUAUAGAUUUCAGAAGUAUAUCUCUACGCUCUGCUCCUCCGUGUCUGUGUGUGUGUGUGCGUGUGUGUGUGUCUGCCCUUGUUUCGCUUUUCGUUUUCCUUUUCUUUUCCAUUUCCACUUUUAUUUCUUUUACUUUUUGUUUGUUUCGCUGAAAAUGGAUAUUGCCUUGCGUGGCACGGGCACGGGCACAGCAUCAACGACUGGCACUGGCACUGGCACUGGCACGGGCACGAGCUCUGGUCCUCGCAGCGGCACUGCCGGCAGUGGUCUACACCAUGCUGUGUCAUUGGGCAACAUUGAGGUCUCCGCUAAGGCCACCUACUCCAGCCAUAUGGACCGCAGCUACGACUCCGAAGAUGAAAACACGGGCCGACGACGACUCCGUCACACGCUUUCCACCGAGCUACAACCACGCGCCUCCGUCUACUCGCGCGGGGAUAUCAGGGAACAGUACUGCCUAACAGAUCGACAGCUGCAUAGCAUAGAGCAGCGUCCGCGUCGAGAACGCUUCUUUGGGUGCCUUUCGCGUCGCGGACAGACGCAGUCGGGCAGCUUUCUGGGCGGCUGUGUGGGCCGUCGAGUGCCCUCCGACGAGAAUCUGGCAGCAUAUGCGCCAUUCGAGAAGUAUCCACGAUAUCAGAACAACUACACGGACACACACGAAUUGGAUAGUUCCUAUUUUCGACGACAACCAGCCUCGAUUCUAAGCACGGGAAAGUCGAGUGAACCGGAUCUGGGUGGACGAUAUACCUGGAUAGGACAGCAGCAACAGCAAACCAACAACAACACAGAGUACCAAACGAACCAUAGGGCAACUUGUUGUACAGCACCACUUGAAUCCUUUUACCAGGAUGUUUUGCUACGGAAUUAUUAUGUCGAGCUUUGCGCUCCACCAAAUCCUACACCACCAACAUCACACACCAAUCAAAUCGCUAAUCUAAAUGUUUGCUCGUAUCACUGCCCCACGUACGCCACGAUGCCGAACACCCAUCACCAUCAGCAGCAGCAGCAGCAGGCGGGAAGAACCAAACAUGUGAGCUUUGCUCGCUCGCAUACCCUCACCAGCUUCGACAUGAACGUGAAUGCGGGUUUCCGACCGUCGGGACGCUUGAGGACGGCCAGCAGUCAGGAGCGUUUGAUUGGCGGCAAGAAGCCCAUCAUUGCCUCUGGCUCCAUGUACGAGACACUGCAGCCCACAGUGCCGCAGAGCUCUACGCUGCCCAAAACCUGGCUGCCACCGCCAGUCCAACUCGCGACAUGCCAGCAUCAUCAUGCGCCCAUUCAUCUCCAUCAGCCACUGCCGGAUAACAUGUUGGGUCUCAUCAUACCACAACCUCUGCCCAUGGCCUUGCCGCCGCCCAGUCCUGAGGUCCUUAUUGUGGAGAAAAAGUUCCGGAAUGCCAUGAAAACUCAGGCCACGCAAACGGAUGUGGCCGCCCGACGUCAGGCGGCGGGCUAUAGCCCCCAAGUCUUGUCGUUGAGCCCAAGGCCUCCACAUCGCGUUAAGGUGGUCUCGCAGGGCGCCCAGACCAAUGGCCUGCAGAACGGCAAGAAGCUAACGAAGAGUCUCUCGGAGAUUCCCAAUGGCAAGGAUGUACAGCCGUAUCACUAUCAGCAGGGAAUGAUUUACCCCCAUGAAAUGAUCUACCGAACUCAGUCCCAGGAUGUGACUCCUCUGCAAACCCUCUCGGAUGCGCAGAACAACAUCAUGUACUACAAGCCGCCGCCCCCGCUCUUGGAUCCCCACAGCUACGGCCUGGGCAUGGAGCAUUUGAGCAGAGGACGUCCCUCUGCGGCGGAACAGAAUGUGGAGUACGUGAAUGUGAAUGCCGCCGCGGUGGCCCUCAAUGAGAGCUUCGACUACGAGAGCAACAGUUUGCCGCGGAGGGCGUGCACCUCGCAUGCGCGCACGGAAACGGAUUACUACUCGAACAGUCUGCCCCGACGAGCGGAUACCCUGCACAGCCACGACAUGUGCAAGCAUAUUACGGAGUGUGUGGACCUCAUCCCGGACAACGGGAUAGACCUGGACUUUACGCGUCCCCACCUUCUGCCGCCGCCGAGUGAGUACUGCAAGAACGAUGACGACGUGGAGGACGUGGAGGAGUACUACGACGAUGAGGAGGAGGAGGACGGUCCCUCACAUCCCCACGAGACGGAGAGCUACAGCUCGGAGGUGUGCAUGGAGCAGGCGGCCCGUCGCAUGUCCAUGUUGCCGCAGAUGAUGGACUCGCCCUUUCGAAGGGACGACCUGCGGCGUCAGUCCAUGCCGGUUUAUGGCCAAACCGAGAAGCUCAUCGACGGCUUUGGGCCGCGCACAUCCUUCCGACGACGCGACAAGGUGAGCUGCUUUCCGGAUGACACUCAGGUGGGGAUCGGGACCAGGCGCGAUGAGCAGGAGAUUUUCAUUGACUUCAAGCCGCACGUGUCGCCGAAGCCCAGUCCCAAGCUGCAGGUGAAACACCGAAAGCAGCACAAGGCGGAGAUCGCCAUGCGGAAGAUGCAGCAGCAGCGGAUGGCCCAGGCCGCUGCUCACACCCUUCCGAAGCCAAAGACAGUCGAUGUUGAGGUUAGAAAAGCUGAACUUGUGCCCAGCGACGAGGACGAGGAAGAGGACGACACCCAGGACCAGGAUCAGGAGGAGGAAGACGAAGAAGAGGCCGAAUCCGAGCGCAACAGAACGGAGAACGAUCAUCCCGACGAUGAGGAACCCAUCUACGAGAACAUUAUCCCGUGUGGCUGCAAGGUGGAGCCACCACAGCUGCCGCCACCACCCCUCAUCCUCGAGGACAUUCAGGACAAGCGCUCGCAGUUCCGCAAACGAUCCGUCAGCCUGGAUGAUGACUAUGCCGCUGCAGCGGGCAUCUUUCCCACUCCCGGGCCCGGACUCCGUCUGCCCUCCACUCCGGCCAGUCCAUGCCGGGAGGAGCUGCUGCUGGCCAAUGUCUCAACUUAUCCAUCCUCAGACUCGCUGGCCAACGACACCACACGCGAUCAUUCCGACGGCAUCUGGAACGAGUCGCAGGUCACCGUCCUAACCGCCGAUCAGCACAUCUCCGACGGUUCGUACAGCUCCAACUUGCUGCUGACUCCGUCGUCGAAGCGAAAGAAUCUCCUGCUGCAGCAUCAGCAGCGUAGCUCCGUGGACACGGAUGCCCUGGAUUUUGAAGAACAGAGUCCCACCUAUGGCCUACAAACACUGCCAAAGAUCAUCAAGACCCCGACACCAACAACGUCCAGGCCUGCCUCCACUCUGCCUCUGGUACCGCCGCCAGCGAUUGCCGUGACCCCAUCGAGCAAUCAACCCCUGGACUCUGCCAUAACCUCGCCACUGCCCAAGCGCAGCAUGAUGCCCAGGGGAUCCGUGCCGGAUGCUCGUCAGCUGAUGUAUCCGAGUGGUGUAGGCGGCAAACAGAGACACUCGGACGCCUCGUUUCUGCCCAUGGCCGGGGCGGACUAUGCCAGAAGUGCGGAUAUCUCAGAGUGCAGCACGAAUACAGAUGAGUAUGCCACCUGUACGGACAACUCGAAGCGUACACCAGGUAUUAAGACACCGCCGACAACGACAAGUUCAUCGUCCGCCACACAAGUGCCAGUUUCCACUCAAAGCUCACAGCUGGAGAAGACGCAUGCGGGCAGCUCCUUCGAGAGCGCCAGUUCUCUGUACUCCAUGCGGGAGGACCUGCUCCAUGAUGGAUCCUCGGAAAAGCAAACGAAAGUGUCGCAGUCUUCGCUUAAGUCCCCCAUGGGUGGUUCUGUGGCAGAGUUGACAAAAAAGUCGCCCUCGCAUUCGAUCAGCAGCACCACAUCCUCGGGCAGUUGUCAGGUCAUCAAGUCUCCAGCUAAAGAUUCCCAGCAGCCCCAGGCGGUGGCCACCAGCUCCUCCACCAGUGCCCAGCAAAUUAAGGCAGAGGCACCAGAGGCGGUGGCGGUGUCGGUGGCGGCGGUGUCAGCAGCGGUCAAAGGCAAACCCAAACCGGACUCCAUAUCCGAGGAUGAGCGCAGCGAGGUGCGCUACUCCUCUUCCGGCUACUACGAGAGUCCCCACGACGAGGACGACGAGGAGCAGGUGACGACCACAUGCAAGGCACGACGCCUGAGGCACGAGGAUAACAAGCGGCGAAAGACCAGCAUGAAGCUGGACAUCGAGAAGGAGAACAUGCGAGCCCUCACUAGUCCCAUCAAGAAGGCCGCGGCGGGAAAGCAGCAAUCGCUGCAGUCCCCAGAGCAGCACAGCGCUGCUGGAGCCUUGGAGAACGGCAGUCCCAGCAAAAUAAAACGUUUCCGUCCGAAGAUACGACGACAGUUGCGCAAGAGCUCCCGCGAAGAUGUCCUGGCGGCGGCAGUGGCCCGAAGGACUAGGCCCACUAUCUAUGGCCUGAGCAGCGCCAGUGGGGAUACGGAGCUGCUGCUGGAUGCCAGCAUGACCACCACACUGGGUCCGAGUCCCAGGCCGAGCAUUGUGCCCACCACAGCAGCCAUAACAACGGAAACCACAACCACAACAGUCAUGGGAGCGGCCCCACCGCCGCCGCAGGCUCAGGAGCAGGAGCAGCUGAAGAAGCCCCACAGCUGUGCCACGCCCACAUCCCUGCUGUCGCCGAAACUGCCCACAGUAAGCAGCACCCAAUCCAAGUCCACGUCGGAGGCGACGUUUCAACUGAAGGCCAAGUCCAUCGAGUCGUUGCGCUCGGUGUCGCCCGGCUCCGACUCUGUGUUCUACAGCGAGGCUGAUGGCACGGCGGCCAGUGCCACCGAUCAGGGACACUGCCAUCACUGCGGCAAGGAGAUGGAGGGCAAGCAGCAGGAGCUCGCAGGCGACUCUGUGGAGUCGAUACCCUACAUCGAACAGGAGGCGGACAUUGUGAAGCCGCCAUCGGACUUUGCCGACUCCCCGGUGACUACGAAAACCACUCAGCGGCUGUACAAGAAAAUGGACAAGCGUUUCCGAUCCGAAGAGCGCUAUCACGCUGGCGAGAGGGGCAGGCACUACAAGACCCGCCAGGAGAACAUCAGAGCCAAGAGUGAGGAGCGCGGUCGAGCUCCCAGCCUGCCCAAUACUCCCGUUCUGCGUCCGGCCGGCUCUAGUCCCUGUGUCCUGCCCGAUAUCAACACGGAACAGAACCAUCAUAUCAUCUACAAGGGCCACUACGACGAGGGCCGAUACACCCGCCUCACGGACGAUGAUCUCUGGACGCAGCUGGAUCAUCAGUGUUUCGAUCGUUCGCGGGAGCGCCGUGCCUCUACCGAGUCCGAGAAGGGUUUCCAUGCCAAGUACCAGGUGAUUCUCCAUCGUCUCGUUCAGCGUCGAUGCACACUGGAGAUGUAUCAUCGCCAGAAGAACAAUAAUUUUCGCGUGGACAAAACAGUUGUGGUGAAGAGUGAUUCGGGGGAGUUCGGCUUCCGCAUCCAUGGCUCAAAGCCCGUCGUUGUGGCCGCCAUCGAGCCGGAGACCCCGGCGGAGAGCUCUGGCCUGGAGGUUGGCGACAUUAUCAUAUCGGUUAACGGCGUCCAAGUGCUAGACAAACACCACACCGAGGUCGUGAAGAUCGCGCACGAUGGCUGCGAGAAGCUGGAACUUCAGGUGGCCCGCACCAUUGGUGUCCUGAUGCACGAGCAACUGGAGCCCCCCAGCGAGCCCAUCUUCAGUGGCUAUCUGUGGCGCCAGAGCGGCCAGGCCAAGGGGGCGCCCAAUGCCAAGAAAUGGGUGCGACGUUGGUUCUCCUUGAGGCCGGAUAAUUGUCUGUACUACUACAAAACAGAAGACGACUCGCAGCCCGUUGGGGCCAUGAUCAUGGCCAAGCAUACUGUGGAUCUGUGCCCGGUGGACAUCGGCAAGCCUUUUGCCUUCAAAGUGGACGCUGGCGAGGGCAUACCCAUGUACGUGGCCGCCGACUCUGAUGAUUUGGCCAACAGAUGGCUGAAUCUGCUGCGCCAGGCUGCCUCCCAGGAUAACCAGUGGCUGGACAAGAGUGCCCGGUGUCUGUACCAGGCUCCGACCAGCAUUCAGAGGCCUGAUUGCUUUGGCUAUUUGCUGAAAUUGGGCUCAAGGUGGUGCGGCUGGUCGAAACGCUAUUGUGUACUUAAGGAUGCCUGCCUCUAUUUUUACCAAGAUGCAAAUAGCAAGAGUGCAUUCGGAAUGGCCUGCUUGCACGGCUACAAGGUGGCCUCAAUGUCCACGAAUGCGUCCGGCAAGAAGAACUCAUUCGAGAUAAUACCACCAGAAACGAAAUUGCGUCACUAUUAUUUCUGCACUGAAAGCGAAAUGGAUAAGAAGCGCUGGAUAUCCGCCUUGGAGUACUCCAUUGAUCGCUGGAUAAAGUCCGGGUAACUAAGGUUGAAGACACGCUCCAGAUCGGCCCUGGGCAGCCGUCGAAAGCGUCGAAGUUUCAGCUACUUCAUGGAUUAAAACUAAAGAUAAUUAAACAAAACGAUUUUCAAACAUUGUUCGACACUAGUACGGGUACUACAUUACAUAUAAUAUAUACUUAUAUAUAUAUAUAUAGAACUUAAGCAAAGGAGAAACCACAACUAGUUAUAGUCCAAGAUUAGAUGAUUGCUUAGUCCAAGGAAUUUAGUCGAUCAUUCAAAGCGGGUUUAAAACUAUUUUGAACAUUUGAAAGGAAUACAAUUGAAUUUUUGGUAUGUAUUCUUACAAAAUAUAUUCAUAUAUAGGUAUAUAUACACACAUAUAAUACUUAUGUUUAGUGAGGUUGUCAUGUCAUACACAUAUACAUAUAUAUAGUAUAUAUUUAGCCACAAAAAAUGAAAUGAGAGAAAUGAUCAUACAGCAGACCAAAAAAUUGAUUGUCUAAUGUAUAUAGGAAUUCGUAUAGAUUGAAAAUGUUUAGGUAUUCAAAGGCUCAAAGUUUAGAUAAAUGUCUAUUUACAGAAAAACAAGCGUAAACUAGAGACCAAAAUAUUUGAAAUUACUUAAAAGGAAAUUAAUAUUUCAAAACAAAAAAAUUAUGCAAAAAAAAUAUUUAUUGUUACAAAAAUCGAAUCCCUAUACUUUCCUUUCCCGUAUUCCUCAUAAACGAACUCUUAGUUAGACACACCACAAAUUAUGAUAGAGAUUUUUUAUAGGCUUUGACUUUUUUUGAUAGGUUGAAGGUUUUUUUUAGAACGACAGACACACACACACAUUUCAUGGUAGAUCAAACAAUAAUUAUAUAGAAUAUUAUGUACUUCAUGUGUAUGUACAUGCAUUCAGAAUCCAGUAGUUACUUUGUCAUUUAAAGAUAUGAUCUUUAAAAUGCUGAUUUCCCUUUUUUUUGGGUUCAGUGUUUGUAUGAGUGAAAAAGCUUCAUUUUUAGUCAGCAAAACCAAAAACCAAAAAUAAA